AAGUCUUAGAAUAAACACAUUCUUUUUUUCAACAAGGUCAACUUUUUUCCUCAUUAUCCACUGGAUUUUUCCAGUAUCAGUGCACUGAAGCUGUAAUUCUGAGAGUAUAUAGACAUGAACUUAACUAUCUUAAAAUAAGCAUAUUCUUUUUCUCAACAAGGUGAACUUUUUCCUCAUUAUCCAGUGGCUUUUUCCGUAUCAGGGCACUGAAGCUGUUGAAUGCCUCUUCCUAAACUUUCAUGAGCCAAAUGAGGUCCAAGUAAAUUCAAAAGCAUUUGAAAAGAUGAACAGAUUGUGGCUGCUUCAUCUCAAUAAUGUUCAUCUCAGGGAAGGUUACGAACAUAUCUCCAGAAAACUAUGGUGGCUAUGUUGGAAUGGUUUCCCAUUGAAAUGUUUGCCGUCAAACCUGCAUAUGGAGAAUUUAGUUACUCUUGACUUGCGCUAUAGUAGCCUGAAAAAAGCGUGGAAUGGAACCAAGAUAUUGGUCAAACUGAAAUUCCUUUACCUAAGUUAUUCCUAUCACCUAAUCGAAACCCCUGACUUCUCUGGACUCAAGAAUCUUGAGGAACUGUUUCUUAAUGAUUGCAUAAGAUUGGUAGAGGUUGACAAAUCUAUUAGAUUUCUCAACAAACUUGUUAUCCUAGAUAUGAAGAACUGUAAAAAACUUCGGAAGCUUCCCUCAAGCAUUUGGAUGUUGAAAUCUCUUGGAAGUCUUGAUCUCUCUGGCUGCUCCAUGAUUGGAAAAUUUUCUGGAUUCAAAGGAUCACCGUCUAAAUCAUAGUCAUCAUUCCUCUCAUCUUGGAAUUUCAGAACAAAGAGAGUGGGUUCUAUUGGUUUGUCACUUUCCCCAGUACUUGGCUUAAGUUGC